AUGUGUCGAUAUAAUGCAGCCCACGCUGACCAUCAAGGCCCUGGAGAUUCACUGCCAACUGCCCUACAAAUAGUCAAGGAUAAUGGGAUUGGAAGCAACGGGAGCAACCCUUACUUGACUGCCAGGGAUCUGGACAAGGCGAAAACCGCGCUUGCUGGCAUCCUGGAACCCUAUCAGAUAAAGCUGAUUGAGAUGGACCAGAUUUCUCUGCAAAGCAUACGAAAUACUGCAAAGACCAUUCUUGAAAAGACGAGCCGGGUGAACAUCCUCAUCAACAACGCUGGGAUCAUGGCCGUACCAAACCUCGAGCUCAAGAGGGAUGGCUAUGAAUUGCAGUUUGCAGUAAAUCACCUAUCGUACUUCUUUUGUUUCAAAUCUUGA